AUGUUUCAUCCGACUAUUCCGAAUUAUAAACAGGCGAAAUUCCCAGGGGUUGUUGUAUUCAGUGAAAUCUAUCAGGUCACCGGUCCAGUCGCCCGCUUCGCCCGCCAGAUCGCUUCGCAAGGAUACAUAGUCGCAGCGCCGUCAUCCUACCACGAAUUCACCGGUCCCGAACCCCUCGCCUACGAUGGCCCGGGCACCGACGCCGGCAAUGCCUGGAAGAUCGAAAAGGCCGUUUCGGCCUACGACGAAGACGCCACCCUCUCCGUCUCGCACCUCCUUUCGCUCCCCACGUGCAAUGGUCGCAUUGGCGCGACCGGUAUGUGUCUUGGCGGUCAUCUGGCAUACCGCUGCGCGCUCGAUGCUCGUGUGAGUGCUGCCGUCUGCUAUUUCGCCACUGAUAUACACUCGCGGACGCUGGGGAAGGGGAAGAACGAUGAUAGUUUGGAGAGAUGUGGAGAUAUCAAGGGCGAGCUAUGCAUGAUUUUCGGCAAGAUGGACACUCAUGUGCCGCCAGAAGGGCGAGACUUGAUCAGGAAGCGGUUGCAUGAGGAGAAGGUGAACUUCUCAUGGUACGAACCGGCUUGGGCGCAGCACGCUUUCAUUCGCGAUGAAUUGAGCAAAGGGCGCUACGACGCUGCCUUGUCGGGUGUGUGCUUUGAGAUGCUGAAGGAGCUCUUCAACCGCACCCUGCGCUCUGAUCUGGGGCCGAGGGAUGGUGGGGAUAUUGAGGUGGAGGACGUUUGCUGA